AUGAAAAGGGGGAAAAAGACCGGGAUAAGUAGGAAAAGGAGAGCGAGUAAAGAUAUUGCAGAGCCUGAUAAGUCCAGAACUGGGAAAAGGAGAAAGGCAGAACCAAAGAACAGAGGCAGAUCAAGAGAAGACUCUUCUUCUAGCAGAAUGGUAGAUCUUGAUAAAGUUAGAAAAGGCAAAAAGUUGAAGGAUACAUUUAAAGAUCGCCAGAAGAAAGGAAACGAGAUGAAAAAACAAAACCAGAAGAAAAAGGGUUCUAAACGCUCUAAAAAGAGAGGGAAAUCUGAUUCAAGCGAGAGAGAAAGGACAAAAGUUCCUGAAGAAUUUGAAGAGACCUUCAGGCCACUUAAGAAUAGGAAAUUUAAUGAUAAGAUCGCAAGGCUUCUUAUUAAAGAGUACAAGCUUGAGAAUAGGAUUGAGAAAAUUGUGCUGUCUAAUGAGUAUCUUGAGACCGAAGGAGUUGAUGGCUAUGAUCAACAUGAGAUAUACACUUUUGGCGGGAUCGAAAUUAAGUAUAAAACUGGGAAAAUUUUUACAUUCGUUAAAGGUCAAAUCUGGAAACUUCCAAAGAAGGAAGAGCCAAAUAUCUCUCAAAUCUUUGGUUUUGAAGUAAACAUCAAAAGCAAUGGGAAACUUGAGAGUGCAGCUUUUAUCACAAAGAAUUGAUACACUAUCCAGGAGCUGAGCAAUAAUUAUCCUGCUCUCGAGAAAACUCUCUUAGCCGUAAAAAGUGAUUUAAAGGCGAAGAGAAGGUCCAAAACAGCUCUGGAUAUGAUGUUUGAGAACCAUCCAAUGAUUUGUGACAGAGAUCUCAUUGUUGAAGAAACUGGAGAGGACUACUGCACGGAUUGAACAUUCCUUUACUUCUCAGUCCGAGAGAGAAAAGCCAUACAGUUGAAUCACAUAAAGCUUGACGGAAGAAAGAAGAUACCUAGGGCUCUAGGGGAUGAUGACUAUUAUAUUAGGCUCUGCUUCACCAAGAUAAAUAGUGCUAAGAAGAAUGGCAACAAAUAUAAAAUAUUACUUGAAAACAACCGUCGCAUCUACGACCUGAAGCCAUCAAAGGGAGGCCAAAGAGCAGCCCAGAACAUAAAGUCUUCUAGAAAGAGUAAGAAAAAGUACGAUAAGGGUCAUUACUCAGAAGAAGAUGCUGCUUGUGAAGAACAUUCCUCUGAAUCUUACAGUGCCUGUGACGAAAAAGAAGAAAGCAAAAGUAGCAUUCAAGAAGAAGACGAAGAGGUUAGCGAAGAGGUUAGCGAAGAGGUUAGUGAAGAGGUUAGCGAAGAGGUUAGCGAAGAAGGUAGCGAAGAGGAAAGUGAACAAGAAAGGGAAGAAGAGAAGAAAUCUAUUAAGAAAUCUGCAAAGAAGAAGAAAUUAAAGAAGGAUGAAAGAGAGAGGAAAAAGCCUGGUCCAAAGAUUGGGUCGACUAAGAAGAAGAAACCCAAAGCUCAACCCAAGAGGAAGACAAAAACUGCUCCUAAGGUGAAUAGGACUAAUAGGAAGCCUAAGCGUCUCACAAUUGAAGAGUCUGAGGGAAAUAAUACUGAUCCAGACGCUGAUAAUAUGAUGAAGCAAAGUAGGAAUUCUGAUUCUAAUAGCAUCUAUUCGGAUAAUGAAAUGGAUGACGAUGAAGAGUCUAAAGAAUGUGAUCAACAUGAAAUAGAAGAGAAGGAGAGAGAACUAGACCAAGCGAUUAAAAAGAACACUAAGAAGGAUCUCUUUCUUAUUGAGGAUACAAACGACAAUGUUAUUGAUUCAGAUUCUGAACUAGACAACAAUCAAGCCAUUGAUAUUGAAAGAACUAAUAAGAAGAGUAAGAAAGUUACAAGACCAGGUAUAAGGAAAGAAGGAAGAUUCGGCCAAUCAAUCGCAAAGAAUGGAAUUGAAGAUAGAGAAAUUGUUUAUACUGACCCAUAUGACAUGCUUCUGAGUCAACUUCAACUAAACUAUAUUCCUGAAACUCUACCUUGCAGAGACAAAGAGAAGGAAAUAAUCACAGAUUUCAUAAAAGCUGGACUCAGGAACAGAGGAUCUUCUACAAGUCUGUAUAUCUCAGGGAUGCCUGGUACUGGUAAGACUGCAACAACUUUGGAAGUAAUUAGAAACCUUAAUGAUGAUCUUAAAAAGAAGUUUAAAUUUAUUCACAUCAAUGGAAUGCAACUUAACAACUCAAGUGUGAUGUAUACCUUGAUUUACAAAGAAAUCACUGGGCAAAAGCACAAGCCAACAACUGCAGCUGUCAUGCUUGAUAGCUAUUUUAAGAAGAGGAAGGAUAUGUCUGAGAAGCAACUGAGAAACCAACAAAUGAUCGUUUUGCUGGUAGAUGAACUUGAUUCCUUAGUGACUAAGAAGCAAACUCUACUGUAUAAUCUAUUUGAUUGGCCAAGCAACAAGAAUUCAGGACUGAUCAUUCUUGCGAUUGCUAAUACAAUGGAUCUUCCUGAAAGAUUUUUAGUUAAGAUCAAAAGUAGAAUAGGGGAAUCGAGACUGGUAUACCAGCCAUACAAUUUGGUCCAAAUCCAGAAGAUCAUUUCUUCGAGGAUUAGGAACGAGACACUCAAAAAACUACUUCAUCCAAAUUCAUUAUCAACCUUCUUCGCUCAGACUUCUAUUGAGAUAGUCUCUAAAAAGGUUUCUUCUCUAAGUGGAGACAUCAGGAGAGCUCUCCAGGUCUGUAGAAGAGCAACAGAAAUGGCUAAAGCUGACAACAUCAAGAGGGAGAAAGGGCUUCUAAGCAUCGAUCAUUUCAAGAAGGAUAAAGAUGAAAAGGGGAACACUAUUGUAGACAUCAGCAUGGCUCAUAUUCAAAAAGCCUUCCUUGAGCUAUACAAUGCUAAGACCACACUUUUGCUCAAAGCAUUAAGGAAGUAUGAGAAAUUGAUUAUCAUUGCUAUUGGAAUAGAAUCUCAGAGAUCUACUCUUGAUAAAGUAAAAUUGUCAGAUGUCACUCACAGAAUCAAUGGUAUGUCAGAAAAGCUUAAUUACGAAAAAUUAAAGCAAGGAGAAAUAAUGGAAAUCUUGCUGAAAUUGAAGUCUUUUGGAAUCAUUACGAUUACCAAUGAAAAGCCGAAUCAAAUCAAGCUAGACAACAUGCAUAUUCAGACGUUUGUCUACCCAGAAGAGCUUUCAAGUGCUUAUGACGAUGAAUGCGAUAUUUAUGAUCAGUUCAAGGAUCUAUUCGAUCAGGAAUAAUCUGUAGGGUAACAUCCAGGGGGUUGCCAGCAAUUUGGUUACAUAAUACUCAGUAAAAGUGGAUAAAUAUUGAAUCUCCUUACA